AUGACUGAUGUAAAGUCUAAUCUUGCACGCGAAGGAACUAUGCAAACAACUGCAAAGGAAGGUGUUGAGUUCUUGAAGUCACAGGGUGGCGAUGCCUUGCUAGAAGCACAGGGGCUUGCUGAUACACCAGCAGUGAGUGAAAUGUUUGAUAAAGAAAAUGGUGAUGGUAAAAAGACUGAUGAAAAUGCAGACACCAAAGAAGAGAAACCAACAGAAGAAAAUACAGAACAGACAUCAGAGCCUGCAGCCAAGAAGACAAAAUUGGCAAAAGAUUCUACAAUGGCUGCCACUGCUAAAGAAGGAAAAACUUUACUAGCUGGAGAGAAACUGGCUGACACUAGGCAAGAAACUGCAGCACAGAAGAACAGAAAGACACCAUUGAAGAAAAACUCAACCAUUGCCAAGACUAUGGAAGAAGCAAAAUUUGUUCUGGAUGGUGACGUUGAUGUAAAUUCUGGUCGCAGAACACGUUCCCAGAGCCGAGGUGAUGUUCCUAAACCUUCUCCAGUGAAGAAAAGUGAACCCAAGAAGACCGCAAAAGAGGGCAAGGAAUCUACUGGCCGAGGUAAAGGCAAAAAGGGGAAGGCAGCAACCUCAGCAGCAGCACCAGCUGCAGAAGCAGAAACACAAGAGACAGAAACAGAGAAAACAGAAACAAAAGAGGACACAACAGAAGAGAAAAGUGAUAGCUAG